CCUCUCUUCUGGUGCUUAAACAUUUUCUAUCUUUUCAUAGUUUUUUAAUGUUUUCUGCUAGACAGCAAACUGAGAGUAGAAACUAAUUAUAUUUAGUUCAUCCUUCAAUCCCUUUUGGAAUAUUUUCUAAGAAUAUUUUUCUGUGGUAGGCAUUCAUUGAGAAUGGAGGGAAAAAGUAAAUGAGGGAGCACAGGGAAAGAGAGGAGGAAAGAAGCAAAGAAGACAAAAAGGGAAAAGGGAGUAUGGAAGGAAAAUGUGAUAAAAGGUGGAGAGGCAAGGGAUGCAAAGAAAUAUCAGGAAAAUGUAAUCUGUGACAACUGAGUGCAUUGAACCUCUUUUUACCUCUGUGACCAUUUCAUUCCAUCAGUUGGGAUAUUCCCUUCACAUAUACAAUUAGAAAAGGCUGGUUUGUAAAAAAAAAAAAAACUGUACAAUGAGUUUAAUGUCAAGCUAAGAAUUUGAACUUUGCCUUAGAGUUGACAGGGCAUUUUUAAAAGUCUUGGAGCAGAAGAUCAAUGAGGGCAAAAAGGUGCUUUCAGGCCAUGAAUUAGUGGUGAUGUCAAAGAUGGAAUAAUGGGCAUCCUGAAAGCAGGAAGAUAAUUUUGGUCUUUUUGCAUAGACUGGCUUCUUGUCCUUGGCACUCAGCUAAGUUUCAUUUCCCUCACAUCUUGUUGGGGCCAUAUGACCGGUCCUUUCCAAUGGACCGUGAAAGAAGUGGUCCUUUUUCAUUCAAAGAAGUUAACAGCACAUAAUUUCUUCUUCAUGUUGUCUGUCUGAGCCCCCAUUUUCUGUCUGGAUGAUGCCAGGAUAACCAUGAAAUACAUAUUGAAGAUGGGGAAGCCUCAUAAGAAAGAAGCCGGAAUCCACAAGUCAUUGCUUGGAGAAGAGCCACCAUGAUGAACACCAUCUGCAUUGGACUUUAUGUGAGGGAGAGUUGAAGUUUAUUUUGUCAAAUCACUGUGAUUUGGGUGUUGCUUAUUAUACCAGCUAGUGCCAAUUAUUCAGAAUAAAAAAAGUUGUUGCAAUAGGGACAAUGUGCGGUGGUGAGGGCAAGGAAGGAAAUUUGGGUUGAUGGAUUAGAAACAAAGAUAUAAAUGGGAGAGGCAUGACUGAGAAACAAUGGAAGAAGAAUCAACGAUAACUUUAAGGUGAGCCCGAGAACCUGGAGAAAUUGUCAAUAGAAACAAUAAUGACCAGAAGAAAAGCUAAUUUGGGGAAAGAAUGCAACAAUUUUUAUUUUAGAUAUGUUGAGUUUGAUGUAUUAUAGUAUAUCCAGAUGUAAAUUCCCAGCAAAUAAAAAAGAUGCAGAAGUAAAAAAAAAAGAGGAAAGGGAGAGGGAGACGGAGAGAAAGAUUGUAAAAUAGAUUUAGGGCUCAUAAUUUAAAAGGCAAUGGUUAAUUAAAAUGGCUCUAAACUUAUGUGAAGAAAGUAUCUUAGUUUCCCAGCUGCUAUGAAAACUAUCACAAACAAUGGGUUGACUUAAACAAUGGGAAUUUAUUGGCUCCUGGUUUCAGAGGCUAGAAGGCUUGUUUCCUCAUGGGGUCUGUAGCAUUCUGACUGUUUGGUAAUCCUUAGAUUCAUUGGUUUUACUGUCACACAAUCCUCCAGGGUGAUACACGGAUCAAGAAUUUGCAUCCUCCAAAUUGCAUUACUGUGAACUGUAUAAAGCAAAACAUCUCACAAAAAUUAUACAUAGAAACAGACAAAAACACAAUAAUAGAUUUUUAGCAUAGCUCUUAGAAUUACUUAGAUUGAAAACUAGGAAUGAAAUAGUCUAUUUGAAAAACAAAACUAACAUUUUUAAUCUAAUAGAAAUAUCCACUAAAAGCAUGCAAUCAUCAUGUAGUGGGAAGAAGGAACCAAUAAUGAUAAGAGAAGAAAUCAAUGAAAUGGAAAAUCUACAAGAAGAGCCAAGAAAAAUUUCAAGAAUAACAAGGUGGGAGGAUUUUUUCCACCAGAUAUCAAAAUUUACUUGUAAAGACAGUGAAAUUCAGACUGUGAGAUAUUUCCAUUUGGAUAGAAACAGAUCAAUAGAACAGAGAGAUAAGAAGCAGGCAACACACAAAUGGAAACUACAUGAAAUAAUAAAUUAGUAGGAGAAAGCUGAAAUAUGCAAUCAUAGAUACUGGACAAUUGGAUAACCCAAAUGGGAUGGCCUAAUAUCACACACAAAAUUAAGUUAUAGUAAAAUUAAAUGUGAAAACAAGACUUUAAGAAAACAUAGAAAACUACAUUAAAGACCUUGGAAAGGUUUCUUAUGCAAGACUAAAAAGCACAGAAGACAGAAGAAAGGAUUGCUCAUUUUGACAACACGAAAAUUUCAAAUUUCCAUAUAAUAAAAGACACCAUAAACAAGUUUAAAUGACAAGCAGUAGAGUAGGAGAUUAUCCAUCAGAGAAUUCUUCUGUAGGAUAUAAAAAGAAAUCCUAUACAUCAAUAAAAGCUGUGCACAUACAUUAGAAAAAUAGACAAAAGAUAUGAACCAGAAAAUUAUAGAAGAGGAAAAUUGAAUGGUCAAAGUCAUGAGAAGAUAAUUUCAGUAGUCAUCAGGGUACAAAUUAGUACCCAAUGAGUAUCACUUCUUGCCCAUCUUUUGACAAAAAUUUAAAAGCCUGGCAACACCAAGUGUUGACAAGAUGUGGUAGAACCAGAACACUUGACAUUGCCAGGGUAAGUGUAAACUGGUUCAAUGCCUUUGGGAAACAAUUUGGAAUUAUCUAAAAUGGUUGAAGCUGCACGGCCCCUGUGACCCAAGGAACAUUCUUGAACACAUAUAUAAACGGCUGUAGCAGUGCUGUUUGUGUCAGCAAAGCAAGGGCCUGUAACUAGUAGAGUGGAUAAAUAAAUGCUGAUACUUUCAUACAUUAAAGGAUUAUUUCAAAAGUUUCAGUGCUUUACCAAUUAAAGAACACUGGACUGAGAGAUGAUCUGAGGGAUAGUCUUACCUUUGCCACCAGCUACAGAUACGACCUUGAGCAAGUUCCUUAACCUGAUUGGGUCUUAGUUUCCUUAUGAGGGUUUGGACAGGACUUGAAGCGGCUCCUUCAAGCAACUCACCCAUGGAUGUUCUAGAGGUCCACACGCCUGUGCCCCUUCUCUGAGCUAAGGCAUCAGCAUUUCUGAGCUAUGGGUACAGCCAGGCAAGCUCCAUGAGGCCUUUUCAUGUCAGCGAUUUUCAUGCCCUCAGGAAGGAGCCGUUUAGCUCUGACAUGAAUUUCAUUCAUAGCAACCUUUACAAACACAGCGUCUGGCUCCCUCUAUUUAAAAGUUUUCACCCCUGAAUUGUGGGUAGGCCUAUUUCCAAAUCUGGUUUUUGGUCAAGGAACAUUCCAGAAGCAGAAGUCUCCUUGCCAUUAUCCCCAUCUCAGCAAGACAAGCAGUUAAGCUUAUCCAGCAACUAAUCAGAGAGGCAGCAUGGUGCUUUUCAUUAAGAACGGACUCUGGGUCAGACUGGACUCAAAUUCCAACUCCUGCCCUUAGAAGCUAUGUUACCCUGAGUAGUUACUUAACGUCCCUGUGCCUUAGCUUUCCUAUCUGUAAAAUGGAACAAGACUAAAAUGGUAACAUAUAGGGGUGUUAUGAGGAUCAAAUGAGUCAACAUAUGCAAAAUGCUUUGAAAGUGCUGGAAUAUAUUAAGUGUGCCACAAAAGCUAGCUAUUGUCAUCAUUAAACCAAGACCCCUGGAAGCAGGAGGAGGACAAAAUAGAGGGUAGGGUGCAAUGCUUCUCUCUGCCCUCAUAUUUAUAGGCCUGGGUUCUGGCUUGCUUUUUGGGUCUUUGGAGCCAGAUAUAGGAGAAAAUUUGCAGAUGAGCUACAGAAUGGUAAUUCCCUGUGCUGCUCUUAUCUCAGAAAGAUUUAACAAAGCCUCACAUUUUACAUCCUCUCUAGCAAGGUAGGGGAACUCCAGGAAGCUAAGAAACCCCUAAAUUGCCCACGUCUUUUUUAAAUGUUCCGUUUUUGUUUUUGUUUUUGUUUUAAAGCUGCUAAUAAGGGAAGUCAUUGCAGCUGUAGACCAGGGACAUCAUCUAUGUUAUCUCUUUGUUUAGUGCGGAGAUUCUCAAUCUUCCACAAUUUUGCAGAUUAUAGGCAAUGUUUGUUUUUGCAUUUCCCCACCUUCUGAGUUUAUGAUCCCACUUUAACACUUGCCAUUUCUAAUUGUGGCAUUAUAAAAUUUGCAUGUAUUAAACUUUAUUCUCUCUUUUUUUUUCUUAGUCUGAAAAUAUCUCCGUGCCCCUCAGGAUAGCUGGAGACAUAUGACUCAUGGUUUUCAUGGAGUUUGAGGCAAGGUUUGAUGUAAAAAUUUGGUUAAUCCUGGUAACUGGGCAGAGUGCUCUCUGAACUUCUUCUUCAUAAACCUCUGGAAUUUGGCACCAACUUUAAAGGGGAGGAGAAACAAAACUAUAGGACUGUUCUCCAAGUGGGACCCCAAGCUCAGUCCUCACCUCUAGCUUCAGGUCUAUUCCUUGGGGGAAGAAUUCAACAAGCAGAACACAAUGAAAAGACAUUGACUGGGGGUACAACUCAGGUCUUAAAGAAGGAUUUUACCUUCAGAAGGAGAUAUUAGGAAUAUGCACUUAUACAUCUAUAAACUAUAUGUGUAGAAUGAGCAUCGUGAAACAUUUUUAAAGGGUGGAAAUUGAAGUCUCAAGUAUAGAACAUAGAUAAGCAGGAAUAUUUACAGAAUGCCCAAGUGGUGAAUUUUCAUAACUGACUAAUGAACUUCAUUCCUAUCAGGUUAUGUGGUUGGGUCUCAAUCCUGAUAAAGGAGUUUGCUGGGUGUGUCAGAGAUAGAGACACAGCCUUUUCCAAAGUGAUAGUUCGGAAAAGAGAUUUCCACACCUUAAAGCCAAUAUAAAAGCUAGAAGUUGCAUCUGGAAGCUUCACUUGCUCCAGCACCUACUUCUUCCCUGCAGGCAAAAUGAAAAUCCUUGUGGUGUUUCUGGUGGUGCUGGCCAUCUUUGGUCCCCAAUCUCAUGGAUUCGAGGUUUAUAACGUCUUCACCCCAACCAAUAAUGGUGAUGAUGUUCAGGAGACAAUGACAAUUGACAAUGAAAAAAAUAUUGCCAUCGUGAACAUCCAUGCAGGAUCCUGCUCCUCCACCACGAUUUUUGACUAUAAACACGGCUACAUCGCAUUGAGGCUGCUCUCCAGAAGAGCCUGCUUCAUCCUGAAGAUGAACCACCAGGCCAUCCCUGCUCUGGACCAACUCCAACGGUACAUCUAUGAGAAGCAGGCUCUGAAGAGCAUGUUCUCCAACAAAUACACCUGGGUCAAGUACAAUCCUCUGGAGUCUCUGAUCACGGAUGUGAAUUGGUUCCUCUUUGGGUCACCCAUUGAGCAACUCUGCAAACAUGUCCCCUUGUAUAAGGGGGAAGUGGUUGAAAAGAAACAGGAUGUCGGCGCUAGAGGCUGUGCAAAGGCUGGACUCCUGGGCAUCCUGGGAAUUUCCGUUUGUGCAGAUAUUCACUUUUAGGUAUUGGGACAUUGAUUUUGCUUUUUUUCAAAGAAAUGCACUUUUGGUGUCCACUCAGAUGCCAAAUUCAAUUUUUC